AAUUCCCAGAAGGCACUGCUCGCCGUACGCUGGUUUCCCUUGUUGCUGGGGCUUGUAGUUCUUUCCGGUCGUGUCCCCUUGUAACGCGACGGCGAUAGUUGCAUUUUGAGCCCGAGAAUAUAAGGUGUAGUUUUCCAGUUUUUGGCAAAGCAGGAAAAAAUUCAGGUCGCUAGGCUGGCUGUGUUCUUUGUCUUAUCUGUAAGCUUCUACUUUACAACGGGUCUCAAACAUGUCUGACAAAAGCGAAUUAAAGGCCGAAUUGGAACGUAAGAAGCAGCGGUUGGCCCAAAUCAGAGAGGAAAAGAAGAGAAAAGAAGAAGAAAGGAAAAAAAAAGAAACUGAUCAGAAGAAGGAAGCUGUUGCUCCUGUCCAAGAAGAGUCAGAUCUUGAAAAAAAGAGAAGAGAAGCGGAAGCAUUACUUCAAAGCAUGGGGCUAACUCCAGAAUCCCCCAUUGUCCCUCCUCCUAUGUCUCCAUCCUCCAAAUCUGUGAGCACGCCAAGUGAAGCUGGAAGCCAAGACUCUGGAGAUGGCGCUGUGGGAUCUAGACGCGGACCUAUUAAGCUUGGAAUGGCUAAAAUUACACAAGUUGAUUUUCCUCCUCGAGAAAUCGUCACAUAUACAAAGGAAACCCAGACUCCAGUUAUGGCUCAACCCAAAGAAGAUGAAGAAGAAGAAGAUGAUGUAGUAGCUCCUAAACCACCUAUUGAACCUGAAGAAGAGAAAACUUUAAAGAAAGAUGAGGAAAAUGAUAGUAAAGCUCCUCCUCAUGAGCUGACUGAAGAAGAAAAGCAACAAAUCUUGCACUCUGAGGAAUUCUUAAGUUUCUUUGACCAUUCUACAAGAAUUGUAGAAAGAGCUCUUUCUGAGCAGAUUAACAUCUUCUUUGACUAUAGUGGGAGAGAUUUAGAAGACAAAGAAGGAGAAAUUCAAGCGGGUGCUAAACUAUCAUUAAAUCGACAAUUUUUUGAUGAACGUUGGUCAAAGCAUCGCGUUGUUAGUUGCUUGGAUUGGUCAUCUCAGUAUCCAGAGUUACUUGUGGCUUCCUAUAACAAUAACGAAGAUGCCCCUCAUGAACCUGAUGGUGUGGCCCUUGUGUGGAAUAUGAAAUAUAAAAAAACUACCCCAGAGUAUGUAUUUCACUGCCAGUCAGCUGUGAUGUCUGCAACAUUUGCAAAAUUUCAUCCAAAUCUUGUUGUUGGUGGUACAUAUUCAGGCCAAAUUGUGCUUUGGGAUAACCGUAGCAAUAAAAGAACUCCAGUGCAAAGAACCCCACUGUCAGCUGCUGCACACACACACCCUGUAUAUUGUGUAAAUGUUGUUGGAACCCAAAAUGCUCACAAUCUGAUUAGCAUCUCUACUGAUGGAAAAAUUUGUUCAUGGAGUCUGGACAUGCUUUCCCAUCCACAGGAUAGCAUGGAGUUGGUUCAUAAACAGUCAAAGGCAGUAGCUGUGACAUCUAUGUCCUUCCCUGUUGGAGAUGUCAACAACUUUGUUGUUGGGAGUGAAGAGGGUUCUGUGUAUACAGCAUGCCGCCAUGGCAGCAAAGCUGGAAUCAGUGAGAUGUUUGAGGGACAUCAGGGACCAAUCACUGGCAUCCACUGUCAUGCAGCUGUUGGAGCGGUAGACUUCUCACAUCUUUUUGUCACUUCAUCAUUUGACUGGACAGUAAAACUUUGGACAACUAAGAAUAACAAGCCUUUGUAUUCAUUUGAAGAUAAUUCAGACUAUGUUUACGAUGUUAUGUGGUCACCCACCCACCCAGCCCUAUUUGCCUGUGUGGAUGGCAUGGGGAGACUGGAUUUGUGGAAUCUCAAUAAUGACACAGAGGUUCCAACUGCCAGCAUUUCCGUGGAGGGCAACCCUGCUCUUAAUCGUGUAAGAUGGACUCAUUCUGGAAGAGAGAUUGCCGUGGGUGAUUCUGAAGGACAGAUUGUUAUAUAUGAUGUUGGAGAGCAGAUCGCUGUUCCCCGCAACGAUGAAUGGGCACGAUUUGGCCGAACACUUGCAGAAAUUAAUGCAAAUCGAGCUGAUGCAGAAGAGGAAGCAGCCGCCCGAAUACCUGCAUAGUUCCUGAAAAGGGGAGUGUAGCCUUAGUGGUUGGGGGGAGACUCUUAAGUAGAUCCUAAGACGGUUUGCAUGCUUCUGCCUAAAUAAUUAAAAGGAAAUUUCAUGGACUGAACUGUGGGUUUUAUGCUGCAAGGAAAUCUCACAGUGUCCCUUUUUAUAUAACAUGUAUCUUGUUUUGGGUUUCUGUCAUUUUUAAUACCGCCAUUGACUUUACAGAAUGCAGCCUUUUCGGAAUUCUAACACAGGUGUAUAUUUGGUAUUAGUUACUCUUCUGAAAUCUUUUCAACUUGUAACACUAUAUACAGUUAUUUCUAAAGCACAAAUUAAAUAAGUUCUGCAUAUUUUUAAAUAAUCACAAGUCCCCGUUAUAUUGAUAAUGUUCUCACUAACAAUAAUAUGUAGGAACAUUGUUUAUUCUUAGCCAAAGCAUGCAAACGCCUUUCCAAAUUCCAUGCUAACAUUCUUUGUCUUCUUUAUAAUUCACGUGGUGGUUAUCUAUAAAUAAAAACAAAUAUGCAUUAA